GUGCCAACUUCGCAUCUUUCGCCAUUAACAUCAUUAGAAUCAAUCAUUGAAGUGUAACAUCAAAUGCUUAACCAUGAUGAAGGGCUGUUAUGAUUCUGACCUGCACGGGAUGGCAGCUACCUUCAAAGCCAGUUUAUAGAAUCAUCUAUUCGGUCUACUCGUUCGGAACCGAAGUUUAAAUCUCCCACUGUUGGGCACUGACGGGAGAGAAUCGGCUGUGGUCAGGACUAUGAACGGACAUUAACAACAAUUUAACCAAGCGAUAGCGAACAUUGCAGAUGAUAUCGAUGGUCGGUCCUCUCUACAGGCUGCUCGAACACCGGACAUGACGCCCUGGACCUUCGUCUCGCCGGCCUCUCGAGGGAUCGGACAUGAAAUAGCCCGGCACCUUCUGCAGACGACAAAUGUGCCGGUAGUAGUGACAGCGAGGACUAACUUGGAGGAAGUGAAGAGUUCGUUGUUAAAAGGACUAGGUCCCAGAGAAGAGGGUUCUGGGAAGGAUGCUUUAGAAAAGAGGCUGCAUUUGCAUCACGUCGACGUUCUUGAUGACGCUUCAAUUUCGUCCCUCAGCGAAUCCCUCAAGUCUACUUUUCCCCCUUCCUCCCACCGCCUCCAGCUAGCGUUCCUUCUCCCUGGCCGGCUCGAUCCCGAACGGACGAUCACUCGCGUCUCCGCCAGCUCCGCGUCAUUAACCUUCCAAACCAACAUCCUGGGGCCCCUCCUCCUCGCAAAACAUCUCUUCCCUUUCCUCCCAACGUCGAGGACCUCAUUGCCUCCCUCGGACGACGCAUCCACCCAUCUACCACGCACCUCCACCAUCGCCUUCCUCGCCGCCCGCGUCGGCUCCAUCUCCGACAACCGCUCCGCCGGCGGUUGGUACAGCUACCGGAUGAGCAAGGCGGCGAUAUUCCAGCUAGCGAAGACGCUCGACCUGGAGCUGCGGCGGACGGCGGGGGACCGGGCGAUGGCGGUGGCGCUGCAUCCGGGGACGGUGCGUACGGGGCUG